AUGGAUCAAAGCCCAGACGAGCUCGAAAUAGCCGCACGAGGGCUGGAUGUGAGUGAGGCCCUACAGCUUCCCGGAGUUGUUGACAUCAUCAGAGCCAAAGACGUUCCCGGGAAGAAAGUCCGCACAUUUUGUGGUUAUCACGAGGAGCUGCUUGCUGAGAGCGAGGUAUCGUGCAUCGGUCAGAUGAUUUGUGCAGUGGUCGCAGACACUAAGGCGCAUGCCAAACGAGGAGCAGCAGCUGUAAAGAUCAGCUACGAAGACCUGCCGGACCCCAUUUUCACCAUUGAGGAAGCCAUCGAAAAGUCGUCUUACUUCAAGCCCCAGCGAAUGCUCGAGAGAGGAGAUGUGACCGAAGCCUUUAAAAACGUCGAUCGGGUUUAUGAAGGGGAGAUUCGAAUAGGAGGCCAGGAGCAUUUCUACAUGGAGACGCAGAGCAUGCUGGUCGUUCCUGUCGGCGAGGAGACGGAGUUCAACGUUUAUGUCUCCACUCAGUGGCCGACUUUAAUUCAGGAUGCUGUUGCAGAGACGUUGAACAUCCCGUCCAACAGAGUCACCUGUCAUGUCAAGAGAAUUGGUGGAGCCUUUGGCGGGAAGGUCACUAAAACCUCCAUCUUGGCUUCUAUCUCAUCUUUGGCUGCUUGGAAAACCAAUCGUGCCGUCCGCUGUGUCCUGGAGCGCGGUGAAGACAUGCUGAUCACAGGGGGCAGACAUCCCACCCUGGGAAAAUAUAAGGUGGGUUUCAUGAAUGACGGGAGGAUCAUUGCUGCAGAUUUCCAGUUUUUUGCCAAUGGCGGCAACGCUGCCGAUGAGUCUCCUUUGGUUGCUGAAAAGAUGGUGCUCCACAUGGACACCGCUUACAACAUCCCCAACCUGCGAGGUCAUGGUGCCGCCUGCAGGACCAACCUGCCCUCAAACACCGCUUUCAGGGGCUUCGGGGUGCCCCAGGGCCUGCUGAUCGUGGAAAACAUGAUCAACGACGUGGCGAUGGUGUUGGGCUCCCCCGCAGACAAGAUUCGGGAGAUCAACAUGUACAAGGGUCCUUCAACCACCCACUACAAGUUUGCAUUCGACCCUGAAAACUUGCUGCGCUGCUGGGACGAGUGUAAGCUCAGGUCUGACUUCAGCGCCCGCCACGCUGCCAUCAAGCAGUUUAACCAGGAGAACCGCUGGAAGAAGAGGGGGAUUUCCAUCAUCCCCAUCAAAUACGGAAUCGCCUUUUCAGAGAGCUUCCUUAAUCAGGCUGCAGCUUUGGUCCACAUCUACAAAGACGGGUCUGUCCUGGUGAGUCACGGCGGGACGGAGAUGGGUCAGGGAAUCCACACUAAAAUGCAACAGGUAGCGAGCCGGGAACUACACAUCCCAGCCUCAAAGAUCUACAUCAGUGAAACCAGCACCGGCACCGUUCCCAACACCUGCCCGUCUGCCGCCUCCUUUGGCACUGAUGCCAACGGCAUGGCGGUCAAGAAUGCCUGCGAGAUUCUGUACCAGCGACUGGAGCCAAUCAGAAAGAAGAACCCCAAAGGAACAUGGGAGAGUUGGGCCAGAGCAGCAUUUAUGGAGAAGAUCAGUUUGUCAGCGACUGGAUACUACAGAGGUCCCGACCUGUGCGUCGACUGGGAGAAGAUGGAGGGCCAGCCUUACUCUUACUACACCUACGGAGUGAGCUGCUCCGAGGUGGAGCUGGACUGCCUGACAGGAGACUACAGGACAUUGAGGACGGACAUUGUGGUCGACAUCGGCAAAAGUGUGAAUCCAUCUGUGGACGUGGGCCAGAUUGAGGGAGCGUUCAUGCAGGGUUUGGGUCUCUACACUAUGGAGGAGCUGAACUUUUCUCCCUUUGGGCUCCUGUACACUCGAGGACCAUCUCAGUAUAAGAUCCCGGCGGUCUGCGACGUGCCGCUUCAAUUUAACGUCUAUCUGCUGCCAGAUUCUGACAACCCCCACGCCAUCUACUCCUCAAAGGGUAUUGGAGAACCCGUCCUCUUCUUGGGCAGUUCUGUGUUCUUUGCCAUCAAGGAUGCCGUGGCUGCAGCUCGUUCAGAUUCCGGUUUGAAAGGACCGUUUACUCUAAAAUCCCCUGCGACACCGGAGAGGGCCUGUCUGGCCUGUGCCUCCCCGUUCACUAAGAAGGUUCCAGCCAGUAAACCAGGAUCUUUCAAACCGUGGGCCUUAGACGUCUGAAAGUGAAUCAUACUAAAGAUUUUAAACCAAUGGGGAUCUAAUCAUUCUUAAAUAAUUCAGGUGAAAUUCACUACCAGCUGCAGGACAGAAGUGCUCCUAAUACACAAUUUUACAGUUGUCAUCAGGUGUAUAAAAUGUAUCAGUUUAUGACAUUCAGAAACUCACUUAGACCACUGGGAUAUACAGGUCCACCUGGCCAUAAGGUCAGCGCGCUCAGUUGUAUAUCAAGUUAUCUUUGAUUUAAGCACAGUUUGUGUGUUUCAGUUGUUGCAUGGAUUAUUCCCCGUAAUCUAUCACACAGAAUCACAAGUUAUACUUAAUGUUGUGUUCCACUGUGCACUAAAUCAGCUUGGAAUACACCUGGUUUUGAAAUUUGACCCAUUAUGUUCUCAAACAGCAAAUUAGUUCUUAGAGUAGUUAACCACCAUUUUGGUACCUUAGGUGAAUUUCAGCCCACAGAUAUUUUACUAAUUUGAUUAUUUUACAUAUAAGGAAUCAAAUUUGAGAUUAUUGUUGACUUGAUUUUACUUUUACUUUAAGACGUCGCUUGUUUUUACACUAGAACGGUUGAUUGAAAAUUGAAAAUGCCCAAAUCAC